CGCUGGGCCCCGCAGCCCCGCGCAGCCCGGCCGGGCCCUGCCCGCCACCACCGGCUCCGGCCCCGCCGGGGCGGGAAGGUGCGGCCGCCCCGCCCCGCCCGCCAGACGCCACAUCCUGCAGGUGCCGUGGGGCGGCCAUCGCGGAGGGGCCGCCGCCGGCUCGAAGAAGAAGGGAUUUAGUAAAAUCGCGGUCAACCUAAAUGGGGCAACACCUAAAGCACCUGUGAGGAGUCUGUGUGUGUGCCUUACUGCCGUGUGCUGGAGCCAGCAGAGGAAGAUGUGUGUUUUUAUCCUUGUGAAAAGCCGGGCUGUCUAACUGCUGAACAAAGCCAUGUACUGAAAUUGGAGAUCCUGACAAAAUGGGAGCACUUGUGUUCUCUGCGACUUGCAGUUUACUUCUAGCCCUCGUGCGAGGGCACAGUUUAUUUACAUGUGAGCCAGUGACUAUCUCCAGAUGUUCAGGAAUGCCUUACAAUAUGACUUUUUUCCCAAACAUCAUGGGACACUAUGAUCAGGACACAGCUGCUCGCAAAAUGGAGCCUUUUCUUAUUCUUAUGAAUCUUCACUGUUCACCAGACGUCCACACAUUUCUGUGUAGAGCCUUUGUCCCUGCCUGCCUGGAUCAAAUUCAUGUGAUUCACCCUUGUCGAAGCCUCUGUGAGAAAGUGUAUUCUGACUGUAAGCAGUUGAUGGACACUUUCGGAAUUGCGUGGCCUGAAGAGCUGGAAUGUGCCAGACUAACUAAUUGUGACGAGACCGUUCCUGCCACUGCUGCUGUAACCACAAACGUACACGGAACUCGGAAGACCCCAGUCCAGAUCCGAAGGGAUUAUGGAUUCUGGUGUCCCCGGCACCUCCACACUACCAAUGAACAAGGCUACAAGUUUCUAGGAAUUGAUCAGUGCGCACCCCCAUGUCCCAACAUGUACUUCAAAAAUUAUGAAUUGGAUGUGGCAAAAAGCUUCAUUGGAAUAGUUUCAAUCUUUUGUCUUUGUGCUACACUUUUCACAUUCCUGACUUUUCUGAUUGAUGUUAAAAGGUUUAGGUACCCAGAGAGACCGAUCAUAUAUUACUCUGUCUGUUACAGCAUAGUCUCUCUGAUGUACUUUAUUGGAUUUUUGCUUGGGAACAAAACUGCCUGUAAUGAGGCAGAUGAUAAGUUAGAAAUUGGUGAAACAGUUGUUCUUGGCUCCCAAAACAAAGCCUGUACUGUCCUUUUCAUGGUUUUGUACUUUUUCACUAUGGCAGGAACUAUUUGGUGGGUGAUUCUUACAAUCACUUGGUUCCUUGCAGCGGGAAGAAAAUGGAGCUGUGAAGCUAUUGCACAAAAGGCCAUGUGGUUCCAUGCAGUUGCCUGGGGAAUACCUGGUUUUCUAACCAUUAUGCUCCUUGCGAUGAACAAAGUGGAAGGAGACAAUAUCAGUGGAGUUUGUUUUGUGGGUCUCUAUGAUCUGGAUGCCUCUCUGUACUUUGUGCUUUUGCCGCUGUGCCUUUGUGUGUUUUUCGGUCUCUCUCUUCUCUUAGCUGGUAUUAUUUCUUUAAAUCACGUGCGCCAAGUCAUCCAACACGAUGGCAGGAACCAGGAGAAGCUAAAGAAAUUCAUGAUCAGAAUUGGAGUUUUUAGUGGUUUGUACUUGGUGCCACUGGUAGCACUUCUUGGAUGUUAUGUUUAUGAACUGGUGAACCGGAAAAUCUGGGAAACGACUUGGGUGUUUGACCACUGUGACCAGUACCAUAUUCCUUGUCCUUAUCAGGCAAAGGCACUAGCAAGACCAGAAAUAUUUUUGUUUCUGAUGAAAUAUUUGCUGACAUUAAUUGUCGGCAUAUCUCCAGUGUUCUGGGUGGGAAGUAAAAAGACCUGUUCUGAAUGGGCCAAUUUCUUCAACAGAAACCGCAAAAGAGAUCCAAUAAGUGAGAGUCGAAGAGUGCUGCAAGAGUCAUGUGAAUUUUUCUUGAGGCACAAUUCCAAAGUUAAACACAAAAAGAAGCACUACAAGUCAACUUCACACAGACUUAAAGUCAUUUCAAAGUCAAUGGGUACCAGUACGGGUGGUGCAACAAAUCAUGGAACUUCUGCAGUAGCAAUCACUAAUCAUGAUUACUUAAGCCAAGAAACUGUUGCAGAAAUUAAAAGCUCUCCAGAGACAUCUGAGAAAGAGAUAGAGGCAGACGGAACAUCAGCCCGAAGAGUCGAGGAGGGUGAAAACAGCGGAGAUCAAAUGUUAUCUGGUUCUAAAUUGACCAUGGAUCAGGUGGAAAGAAGAAACAAAGCAGAUAGCACAUGUCAUAUGAGUAGCUUGGCUGAGAGUAUGAAGAGAGUAGGUGAAGGAAGAAUAAUUCCUAAAAAUGAUUUUAGUGAAUCUCCUCCACUACAAAGCAGCUGUUCCCAAAUACCUGAUGUCUCACACUCAGCUUCCAUAUCCCUACUUGUCUACUCAGCUUCAGACACCAGAAGAGAGUUGGAUUCAGGAAACAGUUCAAAUCCUUGAAAGAUUGAAAUUUUGUAUGAACAUUUGCAGUUUAUAAAACUGACAUGAAUUCUGUGUUACACUGGAAAUAAUGGAUAUUCUGUGCCUUAUUAAAAAACACACAUAUCUUGCUUUGCACUUAAAAAAAUGUAUGUUUUGUUGUGGAAACAGCUAACAAUAAUGUACUGUAUUUAAUCCUAUCCAGGAAUAAUGGAAUUUGAAGUUCUGUAGGACAUGGCAGUAAUGUAAGAAAAAGAUGAGAGACAAACAUUUUAUAAUGAAUUGCAUUAAAGUAAUGCUUAGAAAGCACUGUUACUUUUCAAGAUACAAAAAUUCCAUCUGCCUCUUCGAUAUUUUUUAACACUUGCUAAUUUUUUUGUCUUUUUACUGUCUCUUAAACAAUAAUAUCACUUAAAUAAGGGAUACGCAAAUUUAUAAAUACUCUCUAAAUUGUGUCCUGUUGUAUCAAUUACAGCACUGGUUUAUGGUAGCUUGUACACUGAAUAUGAAAGGGAAUCUGGAAUUAUAGCAAUUUAUUUUGUACAUAAAAAUGAAUUUUGUAAAUAACUGACUGCAUAAGGUCAAUCUUUAGAACUGCUGUAUUUGUAUGUAUUGUACAAACUUGGGAAAGUUCACAUGCUUCCGUUAGGGGGUUGCUGAAGCCAAGUGUCCCCUGGUGAUCAGACAACACGAGUCAGUUCUGAGUAAAGCAGGUUGUACCUUUAUCUGUGACAUGCACUGUUAUCUGGGGUGAGACUGGUCAGGCACCUGUGUGUCCUGUCACAGGGAUGAUGCAGCAGGGGCAGCACUGUUUCAGAAAAAUGCCUCUUGGAGCCUCUGCUGGCAUAGUGUUCCAGAGCAUCGUGCCGAAGGAACACUUCAGACCCCUGGCCUUGGUGGGCAGAAUCUGAAGCACACACUUUGGGGUUUUGUACUGAGCUGCAGUGAAAGCUCGUUUCAUGGUGGUUCUAUGAGAGUAACUUAAUUUUUUAUAUAUUCUGUAGAGAAAUAUCUUGCAGAAAAUAAUGUGUUGCGUUGUUAAUAUGCAAACUUGUUUAACAAUCUGUUUACUCGGAAGAUGGCCUUAAUACUUUUUCUACAAAGCUUAGUUUUCUAUAUGCUACAGCAAUGUAUUUUCUCUAAGUCAAAAAGGCCUUAAUACACGUAGCCUUUCUUAUGAUAGGGUGGUUCUCAAGAGCUACUGAUGUGGAUAACAAUUUCAUCAUUUGGCUUCAAUUGACUCAAGAUUUCUUAAGAGCCAAUGGGAUUUAUUACUUGAGAUAAUUUGGAAACAGGAUUGUGCUGUUUUCAAAACAUGUCAAUGCAUUUUGUAAGACUGUCCAUCAUCUUGCAUUUGAUAACUAAGAAUAUUUCUCAAUAUUUUUGAUAUUAUGCAGGGCAAUUACUGUGUUUGAGUUUGGGCAGCAUUCAUGGUGAUGCUUUGAACAAUGAAAAUUGCAUGGUACAAAGGGCAUGUAAAUGCUGAAACAACAGGAACUAUAGUUCUGAUAAACCAGAGUUACUCAUUUUAUCCGUCAUACAUUAAAAAUGGAAUGUCUUUAUAUUACAGUGUCUGCAUUUUAGCAUUUGUAACUUAUUGCCUUAAAUGGGAUAUGCUCUUUCUUUUAGACUUUCUCCAUUAAAAAUACACAGAAUUCUUGCUACUGAGAAGUACAGUGAGAAAGAUGAAAAAUCUCCUGUGAAAAUGCACAAUAAAUACCCUUCAUUUUUCUAAUUCUGUUUGUAAUCAGGUAACUUUAUACACAUGUUCAGUAGUUUUGUUAUUACUGUAUUUGUUAGUAAUAAAAUAUACUGUUGUAUAGUAA